AUGACGGCUGCUUUCUGUCAAACACCCGCCAGUUGGGUAGUGUUUUGUUCUGAGUUUUUGUUGGUAUAUGAAGAGAUUGAAGCACAGGUAAAGCUAUGCCCAGUGGCUGCCUGCUCGCGAUCCCAUGCCAACGGUAACAACAGAGGUAUUGAGGCCAGCAACAGUAACGGUAACGAUAAUGAUGACAGUAACAGUAACGGUAAUGGUGAGAGUAACAGUAACGGUAAUAGUGACAGUAACGGUAACGAUAUCGAUUACAACAACAGUAACGGUGAUGGUGACAGUAACGGUAAUAGUGACUGUAACGGUAAUGGUGACAAUAACGGUAACAGUAAUGGUGACAGUAACGGUAACAGUAAUGGUGACAGUAGCGGUAACGGUAAUGGUGACUAA